UCCCUAACUCGGUCUCUUUCCCCUCGAAUCUCGAUUUUCACAAAAUGGCGGCAAUAUUUCUGCAACUAUUUACCUCCCGAAAGCUCCUCUUCACACUCUUAUGCGUGCUCUUCUUACUCCCUUCUCUAGUUUUCGGAGAGUGCACCUGCGAUCCUGAGGAUGAAGAGCGUGACAAGGACCAAGCUCUCAGAUAUAAACUUGUUGCUAUUGCUUCCAUUCUCGUUGCUGGUGCAAUUGGCGUCUCCAUUCCCAUUCUCGGAAAGUUUAUACCGGCUUUGCGUCCCGAGAUGGACAUGUUCUUCGUAAUCAAGGCCUUUGCAGCUGGUGUGAUAUUAGCCACCGGGUUCAUCCACGUACUUCCCGAUGCUUUUGAGACUUUGACGUCGCCGUGUCUUAGUGAGAAUCCGUGGGGAAAAUUUCCGUUCACGGGGUUCGUGGCCAUGGUGUCCGCGAUCGGAACCUUGAUGGUUGAUGCCUUUGCAACCUCGUAUUACUCCCAUCGCAGCAACGUCCAACAUGGGAUUGGAGACGAGGAGAAGGUCGGCAGACAUGAUGAGGGACAUGAGGGUCACAUGGACGCUCAUACUCAUGCAACUCAUGGUCAUACUCAUGGUUCGGUUGCUUUGUUUCAGAAUUCCGAGUCGUCGUCGGAGCUUCUUCGGCACCGAGUGAUAUCGCAGGUAUUGGAGUUGGGAAUUGUAGUUCAUUCAGUCAUAAUAGGUAUUUCCUUGGGUGCUUCUGAAAGUCCCAAGACAAUAAAGCCACUUGUAGCUGCUUUAACCUUCCAUCAAUUUUUUGAGGGCAUGGGACUUGGUGGAUGCAUCUCUCAGGCAAAAUUCAAGAGCCAAGCUAUUGCAAUUAUGGCGGCAUUCUACUCUCUUACUACCCCAGUUGGGAUUGCAAUCGGAAUAGGAAUAUCUAAUGUCUAUGAUGAGAACAGCCCGACUGCCCUGAUUGUUGAAGGUAUUUUUAAUGCAGCAUCGGCUGGGAUCUUAAUCUACAUGGCUCUUGUAGAUCUUCUUGCAGCUGAUUUUAUGAGUUCAAGGAUGCAAAGCAAAUUGAGCCUUCAAAUCAUUGUAAACAUAUCUCUUCUUCUUGGGGCUGGUUGUAUGUCUCUCUUGGCCAAAUGGGCUUGAAUAUUUUGUCAAGUGUUCUCUCUCAUUCAGCCCCUUUUUCCAGCUUUGCAUCCCCCCGCAUAACCACAUGGGCAUAUAGUUCUAUUGGAAAGUUCUGUCAAUGAGAUUAUACUGAUUGCUCCA